CUUCCAAAAAAUGUAGGACCAGUUGCAGCAGCAGCAACAACAGCUGAUGAUGCAACCUUAAAAAAUGCAUCAAGCGCAGCCAAACUAGCAAGUAUAGCCGGUGCCAUGCAGAUGAACCAAGUUCCAGUUCCUAACGUGCAACAAGAAGUGGUGGCGCAGGACCAGGGUGCUGCCGACCAGUUGCAAGGGCAGGGCCCGCACCCCAUCCAGGGCCAGAUGCACGACCAAGUGGCGCAGAUCCAGCAGGUUGGACAAAUCCAACCGCAGGAGGGACAGAUGCAGCAGCAGCAGCAGUUCCAAAUGCAACAGCAGCAGCAGCCCCAGCAGCAGCAACAGAUGCCCCAGCAGUUCCAAAUGCAGCAGCACCAACAGCAAAUGCAAGUUAACCAGCAGCAACAGCAGAUGCAAAUGCAGCAACAGCCGCAGCAGGUAGCUGGUGCCAUGCAGAUGAACCAAGUUCCAGUUCCUAACGUGCAACAAGUAGUUGCACAGCACCAGGGUGCAGCCGGCCAGAUGCAAGGGCAGGGCCCGCACCCCAUCCAGGGCCAGAUGCACGGCCAAGUGACGCAGAUCCAGCAGGUUGGACAAAUCCAACCGCAGGUGGGACAGAUGCAGGGCCAGGUGGGACAGAUGCAGCAGCAACAUCAACAUCCGCAACAGCAGCAGACGCCUCAGCGACUGCUUUGGCAGCAUACCACUCCACAGGGCCGCAGGCAGUACUUCCAUCUCGACCCAGAGACCCACCAGAAGCUGCAGUCCGUGGACGCUGCGCAGAGGCAGGUCUUGAUUCAGAAGCUGCAAGAGGCAGCAGCUCGUCAAGCUUCAGCAUUAGCAGAUAAAAAUAAUGCAAACACCAGAAAGAUGCAUCAACUUGAUCUGUCCGUCUAAAAUAGAGCUAUGAAACACAUUGGUUAAAUUGGGUCUACAUUAAUUGCCUAAAAAAUGUUCUUGUCGAUUAAAUAAGUUACAAAUAUUACAGAACAAUGUAAUUCGUUAUAUCUAUAAUGUUAAACGUAGACAAAAACUUUCUGCUCUCUUAAAAAAAAUGUCAGAUAUUAAAUGUGGUAGACAGGAGAAAUUUACAUGUGUUAGCGCAGACGCCUAAAAUUAUGUACAAAAACAGCCCAACUACUUAUUUGAGCCCUCUAGUAACCACAAUGUACGAUGUUAACUUAUUUGGCAGGACAAGAGAGCAUCGAAUGAAACUGCUGGCCCUGUUUGUAAGUGUUAUUGAAGUUCCCGAAAACUGUUUUCAAGUUCAAAGCUACCGCCUGUGGAAUGAUCUCCCACCGAACCUGUGUCUCAACGAAAACUUAGAUAACUCUUAAAAGAACAGUUUUUCAAGAAAUAUUGAACUAAUGUCUCACUUCUCUCUAAUAAUUGUGUUCCUAUUAUUAAAGUUAUGGCAAUGAAUGGUGCGAAAUGGCCCUGCAGAACCACAAUAAAGUUCAUUUGAUACUAAA